UUGAGAGACAAUUGAGAAGGGACAACUCCCCUGCCUCCAAUUUAUAAGGAGAGCAAGUGAGAAAUCGGAAGUCAAAGUCCUUCAAAUCACCCCAGAAAACGGGAAUUUACUACAGCAUCCACCUACCCCCAGGGACCAAGGCAUACAUUUCCCACCAGUUUCUAGACAUCUAGGCAUCUGGACACCUAGACAUUUAUUUCCCUAGCUCACCCAGGCAAGCUUCCAUCCCAGGGGACAAACAAGGGAAGAGGUGCAUAUCCAAUCCCCUAAGUGCCUCCACGGUGUCGGUGUCGGGAACCCUGGCGUCCCUACAAGGCUCUGGACCUUAGGCCCUUCAUCCUAAGGUCCCUUUAAAUACUUUGUCCCUUACCUGAGUCCCGCCCAGGACAGGUAAUCACAAACCCCGCCCCUCUGCCAGAAACCGGGAUCCGUCUGAUUACAGGGAGAGGGGCACCCCUCCUUUCACUCCCCUCCCCUCUCCCCUAUCCCCCAUUCACAGCUGGCCUUAGCUGGCCUGGCCCAGGAAGCCCCAAUUAAAGAAGAGGGGACAGUCGCUCACAGGUCUGGGCAGUUUCCUCAUCUGUAAAAGGGGGACAAGAACAGCACUUCUGUGAAAACUAAAUGGAGUUGAUAUAGGUAAACUACCUUGAACUACCUGGCCCAGGAUACAGCCUAGGUGUUCGUAAAAUAUGAGGGGCUCCCCCUCUCUGCUGCUUCUGUACCUGGGAUUGACCACCUGCUUGGACACCUCACCCAGUGGGGACCAAGACCCAGAAGUCUUCCUGGACUCCCCAGAAGCCCAGAGCUUUCUAAGAAGCCGUAGCCGGAUUCCACGAGCCAAUCACUGGGACCUGGAGCUCCUCACACCAGGGAACCUGGAACGGGAGUGUCGUGAGGAGCGGUGUUCCUGGGAGGAGGCACGGGAGUAUUUUGAGGACAACACUCUGACGGAGCGCUUUUGGGAGAGCUACAUCUACAAUGGCAAAGGAGGGCGUGGACGUGUGGAUGUAGCAGGCCUAGCUGUGGGGCUGACAUCGGGCAUCCUGCUCAUUGUCCUGGCCAGCUUGGGAGCCUUUUGGUAUCUGCACUGCCGACGACGGGGUAGAGGCCAGCAGCCCUGUCCCCAAGAGGCUGAGCUCAUUAACCCCCUGAGUCCCCUGGGCAAUGUAGGCCCCCCGACGCCCCUGCCUCCACCGCCACCCCCAGGUCUCCCCACCUACGAGCAGGCGCUGGCGGCCUCUGGGGUGCACGACGCACCUCCGCCCCCCUACACCAGCCUCAGGAGGCCUCGCUGAAGAGCUGUUUCAGAGCUGGUGUUCCCCAGAUUCACAGCGGAUUCCAGAGCCCCCAGGCCUCUUAAACCACGUAGCUGAGCUUGAGGAGUGGUGGGAGUAGUGGUCGUCCGGCCCGAGGCCUACCCUGGCACACGUGUUUCCGCCAAGUACGGAUACACGCGUAUCCCCGGCCAACGUGUUCCCUCGUCCCGGGUUACUCGCGGGCCCCCACGCUCUCCUGACGGUGGGGGUACCCGGCAGCCCCGCCCCCCGGGGGUAGGCUUGCGUGGAAACUCGGACCCCGGCGCGUGGGCCCGGUGUACCGACUCGCGUGAGUGAGCAGGUGUGACAAGGCCAUCGCCCUCCAGUGCUACGGGCCACACACACGCGUUUUCGUGUGCUCUCCUUGCACGCACACGGGCGCUCUGCAAUCCAGGGAAAGGGUGGGGGGCAUAUUUGCAAGUGUGCUCUUUGGGGUCAGGCUCGCAUUGCACCGGGAGACUGGAGUUGUGCUUCUCUCGUAAAUUACAAUGCUUUUGUAAAAGAGACAAAAAGUGAACGCAAAAAAUAAAAAAUAAAAAUCAAACUGAA